AUGGUAGAAUCAGAUAGUUCCCCAGUAGUCGAGGAAGUUAUCGCAAGUAUCAACGAUGUGCCCCCUGGAACUAAAAAAAUGUUUGAAUUGUAUGACCGUAAAAUCUUGGUGAUUAAUGAUAACGGAAGUCUUUAUGCGAUCAAUGGAUUAUGCUCUCAUUACAAUUUUCCGCUUGAAAAUGGAAUAUACGCAAAUGGCCGAAUUAGAUGUCCUCUUCAUGGUGCAUGCUUCAACGUGAAAACUGGUGAUAUUGAAGAAUAUCCGGGAUUUGACAGUUUGCACACUUUUGAUGUUCGAGUAGAAAAUGACUCAAUUAUUUUGAAAACAACUGAGAAAAUAUUAAAAACCGGUGAUCGAAGAAGAAGAGUUUGCAAAAAAGUUGCGAAGUGUGAAGAUCGCCCAAUUAUCGUUAUCGGAGGGGGAGUUGCUACUGCCACAUUCAUUGAACAUUCGCGUUUGAACGGUCUACAAACACCGAUAGUUGUAAUUUCUGAGGAAUCAUUCACACCCUACGAUCGAGUUUUGCUUAGUAAGAAACCUGCUGUCAAAGGUGAAGAAAUUAAAAUUCGUGAUGACGAAUAUUACAAAGAGAGAAACGUCAGUUUCAAACUAAACACUACUGUAACUGAGGUUUUACCAAAUAAGCGACAAGUAAAUUUGUUGAAUGGUGAAUCUCUUCAAUAUUCAAAAUUAAUCAUCGCCACUGUUGGAAAGCCUCGAAAGCUUUCGAUCCCUGGAUCCGACUUAAAGAAUAUUUUUUAUGUACGUAAAGUGCACGAAGCGAAUGAGAUCGCGGAGAAACAUGUUGGAAAACAUGUCGUUUGUAUUGGAGCAUCGUUUAUUGGACUGGAAAUGGCAUCAGCUCUUGCAGCGAAUGCUGCGAGUGUUACUGUGAUCGCCAAUAGCGAAGAACCUCUUCCAAUGUUUGGAGUUUCGAUUGGACGGGGAUAUCGCAAACGUUUUGAAUCGAAAGGCGUCAAAUUUGAAAGGAAUGCCAAUGUAAUUGAACUACGUGGGGAAAAUGGAGAUGUUCGAGCAGUGGUUCUUUCGAAUGGUGUAGAAGUUGCCGCAGAUCUCGUCGUUGUUGGAAUCGGAAUCACACCGGCUACUGAAUUUUUGAAAAUAAGUGGAAUUGCUGUGGAUUCGCGAGGAUUUAUCACUGUCGAUGAAAAGUUCCGAACCAAUAAGAAUUUCAUUUUUGCAAUCGGUGAUGUUGUUUCGUUUCCGUUGCCACAAUGGAAUAUUGAGAGUAUCAACAUUCAACAUUUCCAAACGGCCCAAACUCAUGGACAACAUCUUGGUUAUUCGAUUGUUGGAAAACCGCAUCCUGGAGCAAUUGUGCCUUACUUUUGGUCAUUAUUCUUUUUCGAAUUUGGAAUUAAGUUUUCAGGAUGUUCUCAUGGAGCCAACGGUGAAUGGUACUUUGGCGACCCGGAAGAAUUAAAUUUCGUCAAAUAUUACUUGAAAGACAAUCGUGUGAUCGCUGUUGCAUCGGGCGGACCGUCUAAGGCUGCUGUCGAAUUUGCGGAGCUUUUCAAGCGCGGAAUCACCAUUACGUUGGAUGAUUUGAAGAAAAGCGAAGAUCAUGUAUGGACUAGCCGUUUAAUUAUUAGCCAGUAA